AAUCAUUUUUCAGAGAGACCAAAGGGUCAUCUUCAUCUGCGGCCAGCAGCUCUCCAUUACGGCAACAUUCUUCUGCCUCCAGGAGAAAGGACAGCAGCCAUGACCGAGAGGCGUGUUCCGUUCACCCUGCUCCGCACCCCGAGCUGGGACCCAUUCCGUGACUGGCAGCACAGCCGCAUCUUCGAUCAGACCUUCGGAAUGCCCACCCUGCCCGAGGACUUCGCUUCAUUCCCCAGCACCCACUGGCCGGGGUACCUGCGGCCCUCCAUCCUGGCCCCGGACAUGGCCUCCAUGGGCGCCAUGAUGCCUCACGUCCAAAUGAUGCCCCAAGCCCCCAUGAUGUACCCGGCCCCCAUGAUGGCCCAGCAGGCUCGGGCCCUGACCCUCCAGAUGAGCACCGGCAUGUCGGAGAUCAAGCAGACCCAAGACAGCUGGAAGGUCUCCCUGGAUGUCAACCACUUCUCGCCCGAGGAGCUGGUGGUGAAGACCAAGGAUGGCGUGGUGGAAAUCAGUGGUAAGCACGAAGACAGGAAGGACGAGCACGGCUUCGUGUCCAGAAGCUUCACCAGGAAAUACACCCUCCCCUCUUCAGCUAACGUUGAGAAGGUGACCUCCUCCCUCUCCCCCGAGGGGGUGCUGACCGUGGAGGCUCCCAUGAUCCGACCGGCCAUCGAGUCCUCAGAGACCAUGAUACCUGUCAACGUGCAAAGCAAAGCUUGUGUGGUGCCGAAGUAGGAAGAGAAGCAGCACACCGUCUCCCUCCCACACACACAAAAGAUAUAGAAAAUUCUCCCUUUAGGACUACGAACUGCUUCUAGAAAGGUGCAGAGGCGGCUUAGCGCUCCUCCCAAAGCAGCCUUGUUCACAUGCCAGAGAGAGCUCUCUCUGGCCUCCGUCUGUUGUAAUGAGCCAACCCCAGCUGAGUGCUCCGUGUAAACACUUCUGCAGUCGCGCUGUCGGCCUCCUCUUUCUGCCUAAAUUAGAGUCUUCAUGUGAAUGCAGGCGAUCUCAGCUUAGCCCCGCUCAAAGCUUUGUCCCUCCCUCAUUCACGCACCUCUCCCAUGUCCAUUGAGAGUAAAGCCGCCUCAUGCUGCGUCCAGACACACGUGAAGAUAGUCAAGCGGAUUGUUACAGCCGUGAUCAUGUGACUUCAUGAACCGAGGGCCCAGGAGAGCAUAUACAUCACCACUUUGAGGGGAGAAUAACAGCCGUUAGAGCACACACUGUGGGUCUGGACUGGAAAUACACUGGUUUUAUUGGCAAACUAUUCAGUCAUGCAAACUCUGAAUAAAGAGAGAGAAAGAACUGGCA